AUAAUGUCAAUUAACGACUUAGAGUCGAAAUCAUAAUUUUAAAUUAUAGUUAAGAUUAGUUUAUGCAAGUGAAAUUUGUAUUAUCGGGAAAAAAAAAAGAAAAAAACAUAUUUUUUAUUAAGAUUAAAUAUUAUUCAAAGUUGUAAUGUCUUGAAAGAACGAAUCGUACAAAAAAUGUUGAAAUGAGAUGUAAGCAUAGAGUUUGUUUUAAUAAUGAUUUUCUCUUGUGUUUGCAAAAAGGCAUAAUAAUAACAAGUUUUAAGUAAAAAUAGAUGAGAAGAAUAUAGUAUAUAUAUAUAUAUAUAUAUUGUUUGUCUUUAAGUAUAUGUUAUCAUAAUAUAAUUUUUGGUUAGAUAAGAGAAUAUGUAGAAAAGAGAAGUAUUCAUCUAAUUAUUUAAAAAAGUAUGUAUUUAAAGUAACAGAUUGAUAAUUGAAGAAAAAAAAAUGAAUUUUGCAAUGAGCAUAGAAUGAGUAUUGUAGAUGAACAUAUGUGAAGAUGAGAAAAAAAAAUGAAAAGAAUAGACCGGAAAAAAAAAUAGAAAUAUAUAGUCUUAAGAAUUUUUUUUUGUUUGCCUAGUUUAUUUCUUUUCAUAUAUAUGUAAAGAAGAAGAAGAAGAAUGAAUUAGUUUUCAAUAUUUGAUAAUUGUAAAAGUUAAUUUGAAAAUAUAUGUAGAAAUAUGAGCUUGUUUUUUUUUGUUUGUAUUCUCUGUCUGAGUAGUAGGAAACUUCGAAAUUCGUUUGAAGAAAAAGAAAACAGAAUAGUAAAUAAUUAAUUGAAUAUUCUGUAAUAAAGUUGUUAACAUCCACAUAGUUAUACGUAUAAUGAUAAAUAAAAAGUUAUAUAUUAAAAUUUCUAUGAAUAGAAUCAAGAUUUUUCUGUUUUUGAUUCUAUAUUCCGAAUAAUCAUAUUUUUGUAUCAUUCGUAUCUCUGUUUUUCUUUUGGAUUAUCGUGUUCUGUGUAUUUAGUCAAUAAAAAGGAUAUGAAAUUGUAAUAUUUUUUUAUGUCUAAAUAGAUAGAUAGAUAGAUAGAUAGAAAUGCUCAUGAUUAUACAUCUUUCAUAAGAUUCAAAAAAAGAAAAAAAAAAGAAACAUUGAUUAUAUGUAGAAGAAUAAUUAAUGUGAGGUAUUUCCCUUUCGAAGAGACAAAAAAAAAAGUAAGAAAGAAAGAUGUUUGUUUUAAUUAUUUGUAUUGAUAACUUGCCAAUGAAGAAUGACGAAAAAUUUUAAUUGAUUCAAAAUCGUUGAAGAUAUUUUUCGAUCAUGUGAAAAAAAAAUGUUUUCUUUCUAAAGGUUUUUUUUUUCUUUUAUUAAUGAAAUUCACUUAAUUGAAAUAUGAUAAUAGAAAAUACAAUUUCGAACAAAUAAACUAAUGUUUCAAAUUUUAUGUUAAUUUUCUAAUAAAUGAAUGAAUGAAUGAAUAGAGAAUAUCAAAAAAAGCAAAAAGAAAUGUUUUUUUUGAUAAUUUUAUAAUGUUUUUCAGAAAAAGAAAACGAAAGAGAAUAUCUUCCCUUAUUAUGAGAAUAACUUUUGAAAUUUAGUCGAAACACGAUAAUAUGGUAGAUAUUACACAAGAAAUUUGAAUAAUCUUUUUAUUUUUUCCUCCUUUAUAAUCUAUCUGUCUUUUCAUAUAUCCUUUCAUUUCUCUCUCUUUAUUUCAGUUCAUCCAUUACGUGCAAGUUCUAUUGAUAUUUAUCCAAAUGCUCGAUGGCAACAGAAUGGUCUCACUGUCGCUGGAGGAAAUCGAGAUGACAAUGGAAUCAAUCAACUCUCAAAACCAUGUGGUUUAUAUGUGGAUGAUGAUCAAACAAUUUAUGUUGCUGAUCAAUACAAUCAUCGUAUUAUGGAAUGGAAAAGGGAUGCGACGAGUGGCCAAGUGGUUGCAGGUGGAAAUGGACAAGGAAGUGGAACUCAUCAAUUGUCUAACCCAUUAGAUGUGAUUGUCGACAAAGAGACUGAUAGUCUCAUCAUCUGCGAUCGUUUGAAUAAAAGAGUAGUUCGAUGGCCUCGUCAAAAUCGAACAAGUGGAGAAACAAUCAUCUCCAACAUCAAUUGUUGGGGUUUGACAAUGGACGAGAAUGGAUCUCUCUAUAUCGUUGACUUUGGAAAAGCUGAAGUGAGACGAUAUCGAAGAGGAGAAUCUCAAGGAACAGUGGUUGCAGGUGGCAAUGGAAGGGGAAAUCAUCUCGAUCAACUCUAUCACCCACAAUACGUAUUCGUCGAUCGAAAUAAUUCAGUAUAUGUGUCUGAUUGGGGAAAUCAUCGUGUGAUGAAAUGGGUGGAAGGUGCAAAACAAGGCAUUGUCGUGGCUGGUGGUCAAGGACAAGGAAAUGGUCUUACACAAUUGUAUGGUCCUGAAGGAGUCGUUGUCGAUGAAUUGGGCACUGUCUAUGUGGCUGAUAUGAGGAAUGAUCGAAUCAUGCGUUGGACGAAAGGAGCUACACAAGGAAGUGUUAUUGUUGGUGGAAAUGGACGAGGAGGACAAUCGAAUCAACUGAAUUAUCCCUUCGGUUUGUCAUUCGAUCGACACGGUAAUCUCUAUGUUGUCGAUUACGAAAACCAUCGAGUACAAAAAUUCAACAUCGAAUCCAAUAAAAAAUGA